GGUUCGGUUGGAAUAAAAAAUGAGCCGGAAAAGGAUGGGAUAGCCUAGAAUGUCUUGAUGAACCGUAGCAAAGUGAUAUUCGUACGCUUGAAAACCUAGAGUCACGUUUUAAGCUUUGGGCAAAGUACCGAUCAUGCCGCGAGCUUCUGCAGUGAUGUGACUGUUCAUCUUGAUCAACCCUGCAAACUAAUUUUUUUUUUUUGAGUCGGUUGUAAUAUUCAAAACUUCAACUCGUCAUUCCCCACACACAAUGUCUGCUCCGGUAGCAUCUUGUAAGACCGUUUUGGCUUCAAAGGUCUCGGCUUCCUUCCGUGAUCAAAUUAAGAAGGAUAUCAAAGAACGUGCUAUCCGACCCAAGUUGGUAGGAUUUCUCGCAAAUGAGGACCCAGCUGCCAUCAAGUAUGCUGAGUGGACAGCCAAAACGUGCGCAGAAACUGGCGUUGAAUUCGAACUUCGCAAGGUUGAUAAGCAAGAUCUUGAACAGAAGAUCGAUGAGGCUAAUGAAGACAAGGCUGUCAAUGGCAUUAUGGUCUAUUACCCCGUGUUCGGAGGAAAGCAGGACCAAUAUUUGCAAAACUGCGUUAGCAUUUACAAGGACGUAGAAGGAUUGACCUUCAAGUAUAUCUACAACGUAUAUCACAAUAUCCGAUUUUUGGAUUCUGAAGAAACCACCAAAUGCAUCAUUCCUUGUACCCCUCUUGCAGUUGUAAAGAUCAUGGAAUUCAUCGGUGUAUACAACGCUGUACUUCCUUAUGGUAACCGUUUGUACGGACGCACCAUCACUGUCAUCAACCGAAGUGAAAUUGUCGGCAGACCUUUGGCUGCUAUGUUGGCCAAUGAUGGUGCAAAGGUCUACUCAGUCGAUAUCACUGGUAUUCAAACCUUUACCCGCGGCACUGGCAUCCAGCUUCAAGCCCACAAGGUUGAAGACACUGAAUUGACUUUGGAGCAAGUCGUGCCACAAUCCGACGUGGUUAUUACUGGCGUUCCUGUCGCCAGCUACAAGCUUCCCUCCAAGCUUCUCAAGGAUGGUGUGAUUGCCAUCAACUUUUCAUCCUUUGCCAACUUUGAGGAUGAUGUGAAGCAGCAUGCUUCGAUUUUUGUUCCUUCCGUCGGUAAGGUGACGGUUGCUAUGCUGGAGAGAAACUUGUUGCGCCUUCACGAUUAUCAACAACGUGAAGCCAAAUAGAAAAAUGGACCCUACCAUUUUGUAAACAUGUCUUAGAUUUCAACAUUUGCCUUUUUGUAACGAUGCGAUCCCUUCCAGCUCAGCAUGUUC